AUGCUCGCCGAAGAAGAAUCGCCGUUGAUCCUCCUGUAUGACCAUCAUAACAAUUUUGACAUCUCUAUCGCCGCCAUUGUGUACGUAAUACAGGGGAUUCUUGCGCCAGGUCACGCUGGUAGGGUUUCCGCCAGCUGUCUCGCCCUUCCACUCAUCGUCAAAGUACGUGGCAUCACCUUCCACUGGGGAAAUGUAGCAGAGCUGCAUGGAGUUGACGAUCUUCAGAAAGUUGCUUAG